UUGUGCCUGAUGCGCGCGGUGCGGUGGGAGGGUUGCUGUGGAGAUCCGAGACUCUGAUAACCCCCUGUGCGUGCUGCACAAGUGGUGAAAGCCUCGCGCUACGUACUGGCUAAUGAUUGGCACGCUUGACAGUGAUUGGCAGGGCUGCCAUGACAACGCUACAACGACACCAAGAAGACCAAUAGAAAAGGGAAACAAAAUGUUUCAAUGCUACACUCAACGGCGGAUUUAGGGGGGAGAUAUUAUGAGGCUGGUGUCAUUAGGCGAUAGCCAUUGAAUCAUUCAAUCUUUUUUACUGGCCGUAUUUUUCGGUUUUUCCUUUUUCUCGAUAAUUUUCUUUCUCUCUCAGGUCAUUUCCAUGGUUUUCAGAUCCCCUUUAGAGCUUUAUCCCUCCCAUUUCUUCCUGCCAAACUUCGCUGAUCGCCCUCUGCUCCUGGCGAACAGCGCUCCCACCACCAGGUCUCCAGAAGACUUGUCCAUGUUUCAGCUACCGACCCUCAACUUCUCCCCGGAGCAGGUGGCAAGCGUCUGCGAGACGCUGGAGGAGACCGGGGACAUCGAACGGCUGGGCCGCUUCCUCUGGUCCUUGCCCGUGGCUCCGGGAGCUUGUGAAGCGAUCAACAAGCACGAGUCCAUCCUGCGCGCCCGGGCCGUGGUGGCGUUCCACACGGGGAAUUUCAGAGACCUCUACCACAUCCUGGAGAACCACAAGUUCACCAAGGACUCGCACGGCAAACUGCAAGCUAUGUGGCUGGAAGCUCACUACCAGGAGGCCGAGAAGCUCCGCGGUCGUCCCCUCGGACCUGUCGAUAAGUACCGGGUGCGGAAGAAGUUUCCGCUGCCUCGGACCAUCUGGGACGGCGAGCAGAAGACGCACUGUUUCAAAGAGCGGACACGGAGCCUGCUGAGGGAGUGGUAUCUUCAGGACCCAUAUCCAAAUCCCAGCAAGAAAAGGGAACUGGCUCAAGCCACAGGACUCACUCCUACACAGGUCGGAAACUGGUUUAAAAACCGGAGGCAACGAGACAGAGCUGCGGCGGCCAAAAACAGGCUCCAGCACCAAGCAAUAGGACCGAGCGGUAUGAGGUCCCUCUCAGAGGCCGGUCUCACCCCUCACAGCUCGGCAGAGUCGCCUUCGACCGCGGCUAGUCCCACCACCAGCGUUUCCAGUAUGACAGAGAGAGUUGAUACUGGGACGUCCAUCCUGUCCGUCACAUCCAGUGACUCGGAGUGCGAUGUAUGAUACGGAGGAAAAAAAAAAAACACACACAAAACAAACAAAAAGAGAAAUAUUUACAGGGAAAAUGGACCUGAGAGGAAGAAAAAAAAGACUUAUGAAAUAUCGCGGAUGAAAAAAGGACCGAUUGAUAUAAAUAUUAAAAUAAAAAAGAGAUAAAAGCACGUCUUUUUUUUUUAUUAAAAGCGCUUUCAAAGGACCCACGCCUCCCCCUCCUCUUCAUACCCCCACACCACCACCACUACUAGACUACUUGCAUGAUGUUUUUUUUUUUUUUUUUUAUUCUUCAUUUUGUAAUCAGGGAAAAUAACCUGAGUGCAAGGUUUUCCAUCAGGAACAUCGAUCAGAGGGAAUAAAAACAGAUCGUCUUGGCGUCUUCGUCGCACUUUUCGCCCCCAUCUCCGGUUUUAGUCCAAGUGAUGAUGAUGAUGAUGAUGAUGACGGUGAAGCAGCCGCCAUGCAGACAAGAUGCAAUCCUGUUUUUACUUUGUGUUCAUCAGACAAUCAUUUUAAGUCGUAAGCACCUUUUUUAAUACACUUCUGUCACUGCCUGUGUGGGGUACAUGGUCAAAAAAAAAAAAAUUGUCGAACGGAACCGUUUAUGACUGUAUCAGAUUUUUAUUUUUAUUUUCAAAAUUUUAUAUUGAAUUAUGUAUAUCUCAAAUAAUGCGAUCAUUCUCCCGGUCUGUAUUAUACGUGUAGAAAUAUGCUUGUACAUAAUUAUUGCUCUCCCCCCGUGUCAUCCUCUUUUCUAUCCCUUCCUCACUUUUCUUGACUUGGUGUUCCUACAUAAAAUAUUUGUCAAAACUUA